GUUCUGCAGAGACGGCCACUUGGGAAUUGCACGGCAGGAAGGCGUGAUUUCAUUUGGUUUGUUCCUGGCUUCUGGUUUGCGUCGCACCUGGGUGCCGCCUGCCGCCCUGGGGUUCAGUCCCGCUCUACUGUCUGAACUAUGAGGAUCUGGUGCCUCCUGCUUGUCUCCGGAGUCUGGGCAGGGAUUGGGAACUCACAGGACACCUGCCGGCAGGGCCACCCUGGCGUCCCAGGGAACCCUGGUCACAAUGGAUUGCCUGGAAGGGAUGGACGAGAUGGAGCGAAGGGUGACAAGGGGGAUUCAGGCGAACCAGGACAUCCAGGUGGUCCAGGGAAGGACGGGAUGGCCGGAGAGAAAGGGGAACCAGGGGCAGAUGGAAACGUUGAAGCAAAGGGCAUGAAAGGCGAUCAGGGCGCCAGAGGACCCCCAGGAAAACACGGGCCAAAGGGACUCGUGGGCCCCGUGGGAGAGAAAGGCCUCAGAGGAGACGCGGGCCCCCCAGGGCAGAAGGGGGAGAAGGGUGAUGUGGGGCCCCUUGGUCCAGACGGGCCAAAGGGCAGCACUGGGCCUUCGGGCCCAGCGGGCUUACCUGGCCCCAUGGGCCCCGUGGGCAAGCCUGGUCCCAAGGGAGACCCUGGACCCCUGGGGCCCCAGGGUGAGCCAGGGGUCCGGGGAGUGAGAGGCUGGAAAGGGGACCGAGGAGAAAAAGGGAAAAUUGGUGAGACUCCAGUCCUGCCCAAAAGCGCCUUCACCGUGGGGCUCACGGUACUGAGCAAGUUCCCGCCGUCGGGUGUCCCCAUCAGAUUCGACAGGAUCCUGUACAAUGAGUUCAACCACUACGACGUGGCCACGGGGAAAUUCACCUGCCACAUCGCCGGGGCCUAUUACUUCACCUACCACGUCACAGUCUUCUCCAGGAACGUCCAGGUGUCCCUGGUCAAAAACGGGGUAAAAAUGCUGCACACCAAGGACGGGUACAUGAGCUCUGAGGACCAGGCGUCCGGCGGCCUCGUCCUGCAGCUGAAGCUUGGGGACGAGGUGUGGCUGCAGGUGACGGGCGGGGAGAGGUUCAACGGCCUGUUCGCGGACGAGGAUGAUGACACAACCUUCACAGGGUUCCUCCUGUUCAGCAGCUCGUGACCGGGAGCGGAUGGCAAUCUGCCUCCCCAGCCCCCCGACCAGUUGUUUGAUGAUCUUACUACAUUAACUGUAUCACUACUGUCCUAACCAUGAAAAGGUGAAAGCUGGAAAGUUACCCCUAAAACUGAUCCUACGUAACUCGCUAUCAUUCCCAGAGCAAAUUUAAAAACUCCUGUCCUGUCUAUUACAAUUCAUUUAAUAUUUUUCCUCAUUCCCGUUCUUUGAAGAAUCCUUUGCACAUCCCGGUGGAAGGAGUGUUUUAAUAUCACUUUGGUGCUCGAAGGAGCUGUGGGAUGAUUUCUGUCUCAGCUGAACUCCGGAGGGUAUUACAGGGGAAGAAAAGGAAGCGUAUUCCUCAUCACCGACUGAGAAGUUUCAGGCUGGUGGCAGUGACACAUCCCAGGAAGCUGUGGGAUCCUCUGCCCGUUGUCUGCCUUGGGUUUUAAUCGCCAUUCAACUCAACUCAGUUAUUUAAUAAACUGUUUGCCAGA